AUGACCGAAACCGAGUCAGAAUUUCAAUUUCGGUCAGAUGAUUUUGAGAAGAAAUCGAAUGUUAGGGAUGGAAAAUUCAUUCGUGUUGACAGAGUAAUUCACAAAGUCACAAAAAAGAAAUAUACAUUAACAACCAUCAAAAUUCCCAAUCCAAAGUUCAAAAAUGAGGAAAAUUGGCUUCCUAGAAUCAAGUACCUUGCAUCUCUGCAUCACCCUGCAAUCAAAACAAUUGUUGGUUACAUUGACAACGGAAACUUACCAAUUCUAGUAGACGAUGAUGAAGAAAAUAUGCCAGCUUUCCUCGAACUUACCAAAUUUAAAAUCAAUUCGACAAACAAAAUUUGUUUAUUAUUUAGCGCCGCAGUCGGAUUGAAAUAUCUUCAUGAUAAUAACAUAGUUCACGGUGAUUUCAAGACAAAAUCCAUUUACGUUUCUCAUGAUAUGUAUAUAAAAGUUGCAGAUUACGCUCCAUUUCAAAUCAUCGUAAGGAAUGCCAGAAAAGACGCUUCCUUGAAGUCCAGUGUUUAUAUCGCCCCUGAAUUGUACCAAGGAUCCCCUCCAACAAAGGAAUCCGACAUUUAUGCUUUCGGAACUUUGUUAUUUAGUUUCUACACGUUGAAAUUUUCAAUGGGAAGGAAGAUUUUGAAUGGUCCUUUUUCAGAGCUUGCUGUUUCCGGUGAAAGAGUCAACAUUCCUGAUAUAAUUCCAAUUAAAAUUCAAAGUUUGAUCGAAAGAUGCUGGAAACAGAACCCACAAGAGAGGCCAACCAUGGAAGAAAUUGUUUUUCAGCUAUAUACAUUAUGGGAUCUCUGCUUUUUCAAUCCUGAUUCAAGAAUUUUCAAAGAUGUGGUCCAAACAUUAGGAGGACCGCCUCCAGAAGGGACAUUUGACUUCAAGAGUGAUAAGUUGAUUCCAUUUAAUUACACACUAUCUCCUUUUCCUUCAAAAAAGCAAAUUUAUUAUUCAAACGCUGAUUGUGAGCUUUUAUGCGAAAAUUCUAGGUUCUAUGCAGCCCAAAUCAUUCAUCUGCAGAAACUGUUGACUUGUAUGAAGGUUACUUCAGCAGAAUUAGUUGCUUCUUAUAUUUCAGAUUCAAUUUUUGUCAAAUCUCCUGAAUAUUGGGAUAUUCUUGUAGAAAACAUUAUGUAUAUCUCAAGAGUACAUUAUAGGAACAUAAAUGAUUACGCAACAUUGAUUUUUGACUUAAUCAAACAAUCUCCUCAAAUUAAGGACUUUCUUCUUGAAUCCUUCUUCGCAGUUAAUGAUGAUGAGAACUGCUACCCUGCAAAAGUACCUGUAGUUACAACUCUUUACUUUUUGAAAAAAUUGGGAGCAUAUUCUGAUGAAAACAUAGUUUCUAGGAUUAGAAAUCUCUUCAUGAGUAACCAAACAGUCAAAAGAUUCAUAUCAAUCUUGUUCUGUUACUUCGCUCCUGAAAUUGAAAAAUCUGAUCCGGAAUUUUACCAAAAUAUCAAGAAUAUGGUAAAGAAUGAGACGCAGAACUGCUUCUUCCCAAAGGCUUUCAGCAAUUGGUUCAAAAAUCUCAAAAAAUACCGAGAAAAUAAUUGGAAAUUUAUGAGGGAAUCAAUUGAAGAGCAUAAAAGUGUAUACAAAGUACGCCAAAUAAUUAUUAAUGAUGAUUACAAACAGCUUUCCGAGCUAAUGUUGAAUCCUGACGAUACAUUGACAACUCGCAUUGAACCAGAGAUCUACGACCCUUGUAUUAUCAUGCACAAUCGUCCAAACAUUGCGCAUGCUUGCCCUAUCCAUUCUGCAACCCGUUGUUUCCAGAUUCUCCAACUUGGAAAAUUUGAUUUGAGCGCAAGAGACUUAAAAUACAUGUUUCUGCCCAGUUUCAUCAUCGCUUCCAAUUGUGAGGACUUUUAUGACCUUCUAACAAGAAAAGUCGUUGAAGUUGAGACAUCAUUGCAAAUUUCAACUUCUUACUUCAGAUAUGAGUUGUUUUAUAACCUUGUUAAGCUUGAUAAAGCAGAUAUAACUAAGCCAGAUAAGCUUGGUUAUCUUCUUAUCAACGCAGCCGUAAUUUCAGGAAAUGUUGACAUUCUUUUAUACUGUUUAUCAAAUGGUGUUGAUGUAAUGCAGCGAGAGAACUUCGGAUGGACGCCUCUGCACUGGGCGGCCUUUAAAUCCAAAGUUUCUAUUUUAUCAAUAUUAAAUGGAGCGGAAGGUGUUGAUCCGAACAUCGCUGAUGACUGGGGAAUUACUCCUUUGCAUCUGGCUGCGGAAUACGGAAGCGACAAAGGAUUACAAGAGUUAAUGAGAUACAAAAACUUAAAUGUAAAUAUUUGUGACAAAAGAGGACAAUCACCAUUACACAAAGCUGUUGAAAGUGGUGAAAUAACAAAUGUGAAGAUAAUUUUGUCAGAUAAAAGAGUUGAUACUCAAAUUUGCGACAAAAAGAAGAGAACUCCUUAUGAUUUAGCAAUUAAAAGAGGAAGAAAUGAUAUAGCUGAGUUUAUUAAAAACUCACGUCCUGUUGUUUAA